AGUACGGUUCGGAGUAACGGAAACGAGAGAAGCUAUUUGAGGAGCGAGCCCGUGGAGCUUUUUCGUCUGAUGUGAGCGAAGACGAAGACGAACAAACAAAUAAACAAUAAUCGUAAUAAUAAACGUAAUUCAAACAAUUAAUCAAAACGCGACGAUCAAUGAAACGCACACACACAACGACAAAAUGUUUAUUUAAUUGUUAUAGGCUAUAAAAAAUACUUACAACAACCACAACAUAGAAAAGUGCCAGUGAAUGAGAUUGUACUUAAUUUUUACGUACAAAAUAGCUGUAAAUGUAUGGCAUGCUUGUGAGUGUGUGCGUGUAACAGUGCCAGUGAGUGUGUGCGUGCCUGUGCAUGUGUAUAUGUGUGCGGCUUUAUCAAUUGCUCCACAUAAAAGUUUUCAUUGAAGUGUUUGACGACAACCAACCCUAAAUAGCUAACCAGCGAGCGGGAGAAUACGCGAAGGAGGAGAAUCAGCUUAAAACGAGGGGCCACUUGUAACCCACGAAAGAGCGAAAGAGACACACCGCCUGGAAAGAGCAAAAGAGAUAGUUGAAAAGUGCGACAGAGAGAGUGGGAGCAGCAGCGGCGGCAGCAGUAGCGGUGGUUUGACAAUAUGUUGAGCCCCCAUAAUGAAGGAAAUUGAUACGGAGACAACAGUAGUAUGGCCAGCCUGGUGUUAUUCCGGUAACGCACCCACCGACAUACUGCAGCAGAAGCCAGCCAAGGCCACAACAGCGAUUGUGGGUGGUCGCAGUGCAACGCAACCGGCGACCCGCGACGAGCAUCAUUUUGGCUCCUCGGCGGCGGCCACCACCAGCUCCACCUCCAGCUCCAGCUCCAGCUCCAACAAGCGGAAACAUCUGGAGCGUCUGGCCAGCGAUUUACGCUCCCAGCUCCUCUCCGAACCGUUCUCCUCCACCCCCUCUGCAGCGAAAAUGCUCAGCGAACGAUCACUGCUGCUGAGCGGUUAUGGGGCGGCCAUCGAGAGCACCGCCAAGAAGCUGAGCGAAGCGGCCACCGGAGGUGGCAACGCGGGUGGUGGCAACUCCAAUCAGGCCACGACACCCAGCCACAGCACUGCCACAGCCACCUCCUCAGCAUCGUCAACGUCCUCCAGUCCGGCGGCGACCACGGCGGCAGCAGCUGCGGCGGCCUAUGCCGCCCUCUAUCUGGAGAAGGUCAAGAACGAAAAGAUGUCGCCACUGUCGCAUAUGGAUGCCCACAAGGAUGGUGGCCACAUGGAUGCCUCGCCCAUGGUGAUCAUACACAAUAACAACAACAACAACACCAUCAACAACAACAACAGUAGCAGUGGCAACAGCAUGAACUGUGGUAGCGGAAGCGGCAGCGGCAGCGGCAGCCUUGGCAACCAUCAAUCGAGUCAGCAGCAGCACAUGAGCCUUGGCGUGAAGAGAGAACGCCUCAGUCCCGGCAGCAACAGCAGCCACAAUGGCGACAUAACCGUCGGAGCAUUUGCCAGAUCUCGCUGCGCCACGCCCUCAUCGUCAUCGUUUCGCGGUGGCGCCUCACCCAACCACCACCAGCAGCAGCAGCAGCAGCAGCAGCAACAACAAAGAUUGAGUCCCCCUGGUGCUCAAACCACGACACACAUGCCGCUACACAAUUUGUCCACAAAUUUGUUGAAUACCAUUCAACAGCAUCAGCAGCAGCAGCAGCAGCAGCAGCAGCAGCAUCAUCGAAACAGCAGCAGCAGUGGGAACAACAACAACAGCAGCAGCAGCAGCAACACAAGCAACAGCAACAAUGUGAACCAAGGAAGUGGUGCAGGAAGUUCGGGCAGCAAUGCCACAACGAGCUCCAAUACAAAUGCCACGGAUUUCUCCACCCGCAACUAUUCGGACAUUAUGCGCUGUCUGGCGGCCAAAUACAAUAACACCAAUCCCAAUGACAACCAUGCAACACGACGCAAUUCCUAUUACGACAGCAGCAGCGCAGGCAACUCGGCAGCAGCAGCAGCGGCAGCAACAUCAGGCGGCGGUGGCCCGGGAGUCGCCACCUCUGGCACACAGCAGAGCAGCAGUAGUGGCAGCAGCUCCACCACAAAGUCGGGCAAUGCCAAUAGCAGCAGCAGCAGUAGCAGCGGUGGCAGCAACACCAACAACAGCAGCAGUUGCCCCACCAAUGCCGGCAAUGCGGCCAAGAAGCUGUCCCCCUCGGCGGCUGCGUCGGCGGCUGCUGUCAGUCUGCCCAAGGAGACCAAAGUGAGUGUGGCCGAUGGCAGAGGUGUAGGAGGAAGCGGUGGAGCAGGAGCCGGAACCUCUGGAGCUGGCGUGGGCUCUGUGGCCAGUGUUGGAACGUUGCUACCGCCAGCCGCUGCACAGUCGCCCACAGAGCAGGCCAAGAGCCAAAUGGCCGCUGUGGUGGCGGCCGCCAGUGUUUCGCCGUUCAUGUCCAGCUUUUUGCCCUUCUCGUCGGCCAUUUUCCCGCCGCUGAUAGACAUGAGCAGCACCCAGGCACUGAUGACGCUGGUGCGUGCUGUCAAAGAUGCCCAAAUCCAGGAAAUUCUGCGCGGCAAGCCACAGCAUCCGCAGCAUUCACAGCAUCCACGUUCCAGUUCCAAUGCCUCGUCGCCCAGUGCCAGUGCAGCGGGCACGCCACGUUCCACUCUGAAUGCCGCGCUCCAGCAGGCGGCUCAAUUUGUUACACCCGCUUUCAUCUACUCGGCCCAGCUGCAACAGCAACAACAGCAGCAGCAGCAGCAGCAGCAACAACAAUCGCAUCACGCUUCGCGGCAGUCUAGUCCACGUUCCACAACAGAGACUUCGACUUCGGUGGCGCCCGGCGAUGGUGGCGGUGGUGGUGGUGGUGGUGGUGGUGCUGCUGCUGCUGGUGGCUCAUCGAUUGCGUCGGCGGCGCCAUUAGACUUGAGCUCCCAACCGCCAGCCGCAAAGCGCUUGAAGCUCGAGCCCGAGGGCCUGCUAGGGAAGACGCGUCGUGCCAGCUCAACGGCCACCACGGCCACGACAGCGACAACAGCCUCAUCCACACCAUCCCCGCCACUUCUGGACCACACCGAGGAGAUCCAACCAGGUACCAGCAAUGCCCACGCCAACGCAGGCACAGGAGCCUCUGGCGGCGGACCGCGUCAGUGUCAGGCACAGAGCGAGGAGGUGAACUCCUGGUCCGUGGACGAUGUGUGCGGCUUUGUGGGUGGAAUUGAUAUAUGCGCCGAAUAUGUUCAGUCGUUCCGUGAUCAGUCCAUCGAUGGCACCGGCCUGCCGCUCUUAACCGAAGAUCAUUUGGUUAACUCGCUGGGCAUGAAGCUGGGGCCGGCACUCAAGUUGCGCUCCAUAUUGGCGAGGAAAUUGGGCGGGCCGUGUCCGUGUGUUGCAUGCGUUGCGCAGGCGCAACAAAUGUUGGCCUUGCAAACGGGCGGAACACCGCCAGCAGGGGCUGCAGCAGGGACAGGGACAGGGGCAGUCACAGUCACUGCCACCCCAACUAGUUGCAGCAUCAUCAAAACGGAGAUCUUUAAUGGGAGCAGCAGCAGCAGCAGCAGCAGCAACAGCAACAGCAGUAGCCAGAGCAAUGCCACAUGUUGCAUGAACGAUGCCAGCUAGUUAUGUAGCUGCCAACCCAGCUAAAUAUUUAUGCUAACUAAUUGCAUUUCAACUGCAAAAAUUGUUGUAUUGUACCAAAUGAGCUUUCAAGAAAACAAAACAAAACAAAACAAAACAAAA